AUGAGCUGGCCAGCCGCGGGAACAGAAGCAGACACAGUGGGGACACGUCACAAGGGAUCUCAGGCUGAAGUCAGCACUGAUCAGGUGGUUGACGCCUUCUGGAAUUACUUCAGCCAGCUGACCAGCGGCACUAAGGACACCGUGGAGCAGAUUCAGCAGUCUGACAUCAGCAAGCAGCUAAAUUCUCUAAUUGAGGAAAACCUGAAGAGCAUAAACCUUUAUGCAGGAGAACUGCAGCAACAGUUGAUUCCCUUUGCUCAGCAGAUUCAAAAGCAACUGACACAGGACUCAGACAAGCUGAGAGAACAGAUCAGGCAGGAACUGGAGCAGCUGAGGGUCAAGCUGUCCCCAUAUGCAGAUGAGGUGCACAAGCAGCUGAGCAGAAAUGUAGAGGAGCUUCAGAUAAAAGUGGCUCCAUAUGCAGAGGAGCUUCGCACCCAACUGGACAAAAACAUUCUGGCGGUCAGCCAGCAGCUAAAGUCUGUAACUAAGGACCUGGAAGCCAACAUCCGAGAGAAUGCAGACCAAAUACAGAUGUCACUGGUUCCAUACUAUCAAGCACUGGGGGUCGCAAUAGACAACAAUGUGGAGCAGCUGAGGAAGCAGUUGAAACCCAUUACUGAUAAAAUGAAAGAUGACAUAGAUCAACAGUUACAAGAGCUCUCUAAAAGCCUGGCCCCCUAUGCUGAGGAUAUGCAGGAUGCACUACGCAAACAGAUAAGGAACAUGGACAUCCAGAUGAGGAAGAAGGUAGACCAGAUGGAAAGCCAAAUCCUGGACUUUGCAGUAAAGCUGAAAGGGCAACUCUACCCAUAUGCAGACCAGCUUAGAAGCACGCUCAAUGGAGAUAUGACAGGUGUCAGAGAGAAACUGGAGCCCUACCUGGCCAAGAUGAACCAGCAGAUGGACCAGAAGAUUGCAGAGUUCAAAGACACAAUUGUCCCCUAUGCAGAUGGCCUGAACAAGGAACUUGUGCAGAGAGUGGAGGACAUGAAGAGGGAACUGAGCCAGUAUACUGUCAGCAUGCAGGAUCAGAUGGAUGUUUUGGAGCAAGAUGUCCGAGACAAGAUCCAAGAUUUCAUCAAUAGGGGAAUUUCCACUGAGAACUGAGUCUUCAUCACACUGACUUAUGCCUGCUGACCAAGUUACUUAAUGUAACUUAUAGCAUGAUAUAUAAAGGAUGCUUGUUAGUGCAUAAGAAAAUAGCAAAUGUUGUUGUGACUUGAUUUCCACUCUUAAGUAGGUUCAAGGAUGGGCAGGUUCGAUUCUCAUCAGUGGUUUGUACUAAGCUUUGACUCCACAGUGAAAUAAAAACUGCUCAUACUACUGUAUCAGUGUUUAUCCAGAAGUUAUUGGACUAUACUGUAGCAGACAAUGGAUCAGAUGUAUUAAGCCUUGAGAAGUGAUAACGCAGUGAUAAAGCAGUGGUGGAUGCAAGGUGAUAAUGCACCAGCCAGUCAGCUCCUGACUGUCAAUUUACAUAU